AUAUGGCUCUGCACAAGGUGAUCUGCACAGCGACCCUGCUGGCUCUUCUCACACAAGAUUGUCACUCACAGCUUAAUGUGUGCGGGAAGGCUCCUCUGAACACUCGCAUCGUUGGAGGAAAUGAAGCGCCUGAAGGCAACUGGCCAUGGAUGGCCAGUCUGCACAGAUUUGGCUUUCACUCGUGUGGAGGGUCACUCAUUAACAAUGAGUGGGUGAUUUCUGCUGCUCACUGCUUCCAAGACAUCAGUGCCAGAGAUUUGACCGUGUAUCUUGGUCGACAGAGGCAAGAGGGAUCACACCCCAACCAAGAGGCUCGACUUGUCUCGCAGAUCAUCAAUCAUCCAAACUACAACGAAUCAACUUUCAACAAUGAUAUUGCCCUCCUGAAGCUGUCCUCACCUGUGAAUUUUACCAGCUACAUCAUGCCCGUCUGUCUUGCUGCCCCAGACAGCACCUUCUUCACCGGCACCGAUACCUGGGUCACCGGCUGGGGCGACAUCGCAGAGUCUGUGUUCCCUCCUUCCCCACAAGACCUCAUGGAGGUGGAGGUGCCGAUUGUGGGGAACAACGAGUGCAGCUGUUACUAUGACUCCUUUAACUCGAUCACAGACAACAUGAUCUGUGCUGGGUUAAAAGCUGGAGGGAAGGACGCCUGCCAGGGGGAUUCAGGAGGUCCAAUGGUGGGCAAGCAGAAUGACACCUGGGUCCUGAUAGGGCUCACAAGUUUUGGAGAAGGAUGUGCUAGGCCUAAUUUUCCAGGAGUCUACACCCGUGUGUCUCAGUACCAGGUGUGGAUCAACAGCCAAAUCGCCACCAACCAGCCAGGCUACAUCACCUUCACAUCCACUGGGAAUGACACCGACCAAAGCUUCAACUGUACUGAGCAGUCACAAACAUCCACACCUGCGCUGAAUUUCUCAUUGGCAGAUGUGUGCGGGAAGGCUCCACUCAACACCAUCAGCAACCGCAUCGUUGGAGGAGAGGUGGCCUCUAAUGGCAGCUGGCCAUGGAUGGCCAGUCUGACCAUAUUCGACUCCCACUUCUGUGGCGGGACUCUCAUUACAGAUGAGUGGGUGCUUACUGCUGCUCACUGCAUCGACGGAACCCCCCUAAGCAGUGUGGUCGUGCAUCUUGGUCGGCAGAGCCAAGAGGGACCCAACCCCAACGAAGUGUCUCGAACAAUCUUGCAGAGCUUUAUUCAUCCUAACUACAGCAUUUUUAAUAUUGACAAUGACAUUGCCCUCCUGAAGCUGUUUUCACCUGUGACUUUUACUGACUUCAUCUGGCCAGUGUGCUUGGCAGCCUCAGACAGCACCAUCUUUAGCGGCACCAACACCUGGGUCACCGGCUGGGGCGACGUCAAUUUUGCAGUGUCCCUUCCUUCCCCAAAAAAUCUCAUGGAGGUGGAGGUGCCGAUUGUGGGGAACAACGAGUGCAGCUGUUACUACGACUCCUUUAACCCGAUCACAGACAACAUGAUCUGUGCAGGCUUUGAAGAUGGAGGGAAGGGCGCCUGCCAGGGGGAUUCAGGAGGUCCAAUGGUGGUCAUGCAGAAUGGGACCUUUGUCCAGAAGGGGAUCGUAAGUUAUGGAGUAGGAUGUGCUGAGCCUACGUUUCCAGGAGUCUUCACCCGUGUGUCCCAGUACCAGUCAUGGAUCAACAGUCUCAUCACUGUCAACCAGCCAGGCUACGUCCUCUUCACAUCCACAGGGAACGACACUGACCAAAGCUUCAACUGUAGUGACGCAUUUCUACCACCAACAACACCUGCACAGAAUAUCUCAUUGUCAGAUGUGUGCGGGAAGCCUCCACUUAACACCGUCACCACCCGCAUCGUUGGAGGAGAGGUGGCCUCUGAUGGCGCUUGGCCAUGGAUGGCCAGUCUGACCAUAUUCGGCUUUCACUUCUGUGGCGGGACUCUCAUUACAAAUGAGUGGGUGCUUACUGCUGCUCACUGCGUCAUAGGCUUCAAUCCGAGGCUUUUGGCCGUGCAUCUUGGUCGACAGAGACAAGAGGGACAAAACCCCAAUGAAGAGACCCGAAGAGUGUGGCAGAUAUUUGUUCAUCCUGACUACAACAGUAGUACUUUUGACAGUGACAUUGCCCUCCUGAGGCUGAUUUCACCUGUAAAUUUUACUGACUUCAUCCAGCCAGUGUGCCUUGCUGCCCCAAACAGCACCUUCUUCAGCGGUACCAACACCUGGGCCACCGGCUGGGGCGACGUCAAUUUUAGAGUGUCCCUUCCCUCCCCACGAGACCUCAUGGAGGUUGAGUUGCCAGUUGUGGGGAACAACGAGUGCAGCUGUUACUACGACUACUUUGUCUCAAUCACAGACAACAUGAUCUGUGCAGGCUUUGAAGAUGGAGGAAAGGGCCCCUGCCAGGGGGAUUCAGGAGGUCCAAUGGUGGUCUUGCAUAAUGGCACCUUUGUCCAGGAGGGGGUCACAAGUUUUGGAGUAGGAUGUGCUGAGCCUACGUUUCCAGGAGUCUUCGCGCGUGUGUCCAAGUUCCAGUCAUGGAUCAACAGCCACAUCACCUUCAACCAGCCAGGCUACGUCCUCUUCACAUCCACAGGGAACGACACUGACCAAAGCUUCAACUGUAGUGACGCAUUUCUACCACCAACAACACCUGCACAGAAUAUCUCAGUGAUAGAUGAGUGCGGGAAGGCUCCACUCAACACCAUCACCACCCGCAUCGUUGGAGGAGAGGUGGCCUCUGAUGGCGCUUGGCCAUGGAUGGCCAGUCUGACCUUAUUCGGCUCUCACUUCUGUGGCGGGACUCUCAUUACAGAUGAGUGGGUGCUUACUGCUGCUCACUGCGUCAUAGGCCUUCAUCCCAGGCUUGUGGCCGUGCAUCUUGGUCGACAGAGACAAGAGGGACAAAACUCCAACGAAGAGACCCGAAGAGUGUGGCAGAUCAUUCUUCAUCCUGACUACGACGUUAUUCCUUUUGACAGUGACAUUGCCCUUCUAAGGCUAACCUCAUCUGUGAAUUUUACUGACUACAUCCGGCCAUUAUGCCUCGCAGCCUCGAACAGCACCUUCUUCCAUGGAACUGACACCUGGGCCACUGGCUGGGGUGACAUCCAAUAUCUUGUGCCCCUUCCCUCCCCACAAGAGCUCAUGGAGGUGAAGGUGCCUGUUGUGGGGAACAACAGGUGCAGCUGUGACUACGACUCCUUUGUCUCAAUCACCGACAACAUGAUCUGUGCAGGCUUUGAAAUUGGAGGGAAGGGCACCUGCCAGGGGGAUUCAGGAGGUCCACUGCAGAGCACGCAGAAUAACCGCUGGUUCCAGAUGGGGGUCACAAGUUUCGGACUAGGAUGUGCUGAGCCUCGUUUUCCAGGAGUCUUCACCAGUGUGUCCCAGUUCCAGUCAUGGAUCAACGGCCACAUCGCUGUCAACCAGCCAGGCUACAUCCUCUUCACAUCCACAGGGAACGACACUGACCAAAGCUUCAUCUGUGAUACAGUGUCUCCAACACCAAGCAGCACCCCUGAGUCAACGUCCCCUGCACCUGUGGUCUGUGGUCAAGCCAGACUGAAUUCACGUAUAAGCGGAGGAAGCUCAGUCGCAGCAGCUGGCGAGUGGCCGUGGAUGGUGAGUCUGCAAAAGAAUGGGAUCCAUGUGUGUGGUGGGACUCUGGUGGCCGAAAAAUUUGUGUUGAGCAGCGCCAGCUGCUUCCCAAGUUCCCCCAUACCAUCUGAAUGGACCGUCAUUUUGGGUCGUUUGAAACAGAACGGAUCAAACCCAUUUGAGGUGAUGCUGCAUGUGACAAACAUCACUCUAAGCAGCUUCACUGGGGAAAAUGUAGCAGUGCUGGAGCUGUCAUCUAAACCCACCCUGUCAAACUACAUCCAGCCCAUCUGCCUAGACGAUGGACGGACCUUCGCUGAGGGCUCAACCUGCUGGGUUGCUGGCUGGAGCCCUGAACAAGGAGGAGAGGAACAAGUUCUGCAGGAAUUACAGACUUCAAUUGUAAAUUGUGGAGACGCUUCAUCAAGUGAUGCAAUUUGUACAGGACCAUUCACUCUAGAAACGGGGGAUUCUGGUAGUCCACUGAUGUGUACAGUGGAUGGAUCUUGGUUCCAGUCGGCUGUGCUAGUGUUUCAAGAUGACUCCAGCAGACUGGGGCGAGAAGCUUCAAUGAUGGUCCUAACCAAGUUGAGCGCCUAUCGGGAGUUCUUGACCGGUAUCAUUGGGCCCUUCUUAUCUCCAGCCACCUCCUCCCCCAACACCACCACCACCGCCCCUACCAACACCACCACCAACACCACAGCCAGCGCUACCACCAGCAGCAGCGUGGAUGGCCCUGCUCACUCCUCUUUCUUCAUCUUCUUCCAUCUUCUUGUCUUCUCACUGUGUCUUCAGCUCCUCCAAUAGAAACCUCUUACUUUUAACAGUGAUUUACAUGAUGUGACCAACACAAAUUAAUGUAAAAAACCUUUGAUUUGAGGACAUUUGUUGGUUUAGAACUGCAUGUAUACGUUUGUGAUUGGUGCACAGUAUGCAAAAGUAGCAAACUGAGGAAGAUGAACAUGUGCUGUAUAAAAUUCAUAGACUAUCAGGAAAAUCCCUUUUAUGUGUUCAGGGAGAUUUAGUUAUUUAAAAAUAAUUUCAAAAUCAACAUUUACCAUUUACAAUAUAAGAAGUGGGCAUUUUCUAAGCCUCAGAUUUUCUUUCAGGUUAUUAUUUUAGAGUGACAAUAUUUGGAAAAACAGUUUAAAUAUGAGAGUAAUCAGUGGUUAGCAAAUGCCAAGCUAUCAGUUCAUGCUAUCUUUGAAAACUGGAUUAAAGAAAAAGAUAUGUCACAGAUAUUGCCGUCUUUACCGCAGCCCUAGUAGUGCUGAAUGAAUCUGGCUUGGGAUUGUUUCCUUGCCAGCUUCAAAAAGAGAGCAGGUUUAUAGUGCAGAUAAAAAGAUUCUACUUUGAUGUUUAGACCAAGACUUAAAAGCUCACUUCUUAUAUACAAUAGGUGAUAUUUACUUUAAGCAUAAUUAUUCAGGCUGCUUUAAUUUCUGUAGUGUCAAAAGCAUGAUUCUGCUUGUUUGUCUUUGACAUGACACAAAUGUAUGGUCAGUGAUUUGAGAAACUAUGGAUGCUGGCUGCUUUGAGUCUGAUUUGUCAGUUUUAAUUAAAAUGAAGAACCCUCGAAGCUGCACUUGAAACUUGCUUUUAUAUUGAGCUUGUCCUGCGACUUAUUGAAGCUGUAUAUAUCAUAA